AUGACGGACCUAUUCCACUCAAGCAAGCAGAUGAUGCAAAUCAUGAAAAACAUCAAUAUAGUGCAUGAAGAAGAUUGUGGUCAAGAUGAUGACUUGGUUGAGCAGAUUGACAGUGAAACUAGCUAUCAUUCAUUGUAUAGCAGUGAAUCAGGUGAUGAAUUAGGUGAUGAAUCAGAAGACUUGGGGAAGAAACCGGAGAUAUGGAGUAGAUCACAGUUUAGUACUGUUUGCAAAUGUGAUUACAUCACAAAUAACAUAUCUGAGUCAUUCAAUGCAUGGGUUGCAGAAGCCAGGGAAAGGCCUGUUUUGGAUCUUUUAGACACAAUCAGACAGAAGAUAAUGGUGACCAUGGAUAAAAGAAGAAGAAUGGCAACAAAAUGGAAGGAUGAUAUUGUGCCAUCUGUGAAGAAAUAUGUAAGGAACCUAUCUAGAGGAUUGGCAGCAUAUGAGGUACAACGUUGUAGUGAUUCAAAGGCUGAGGUAUCUUAUAAAGGACAGAGGUGUGAGGUUCUGUUGGCUGAUGGAAUAUGCAGUUGUAGAAAGUGGCAAGUCUCUGGAAUACCUUGUGUACAUGCUAUGGCAUUCAUCUUCAGUAUCAGAGGUGCAAAAUGGGAAGAAUAUGUUGAUUUAUAUUUUUCGGUGGAGAAAACUAGGGUUGCCUACAACUUGGAGAUUGCUCCUAUGCCUGACAUUAACCAAUGGACUUGUAAUGGUCAAUUGGAUGGUUUACUUCCUCCAUUGUCAAGGAGACCAGCUGGAAGACCGAAGAAAAAUAGGAUAAGGGCUGCAGAUGAGAUAAAAUCAGGCAGACAUAAAUGUGCUAGGUGUGGUGGAUUUGGUCAUCAAGCAAGAACUUGUAAAGAGCCGGAACAUUCAACAAAUCCAUCAACAAGUAGUUCCCAAGGAAGGUAUUGA